CGUUAUAGUAUUCACAUGUUGUUUGGUAUGGCUCGGACUUUGUGCAGCAUCAGGAAGGCUCUACUCUCCAAACACACAAGCAUUGUCAGCAGUGUUCUGAAGUGUCACUUUCAUUCUACUGGAAUAAUGAGUUCCAAAGUUGCUGUGAUUUUGUCUGGGUGUGGUGUGUAUGAUGGAACUGAAGUUCAUGAAGCAUCUGCAACUUUGGUCCAUUUGAGUCGUGGAGGAGCAGAGGUGUCCAUGUUUGCUCCGGAUGUUGAUCAAAUGCAUGUUGUAAACCAUACUAAGGGGGAGCCCAUGGAACCCAAUAGAAAUGUACUGGUGGAGUCGGCGAGAAUAGCCAGAGGGAAAAUUGACGCUCUGUCUAAUUUAGACUCUUCUAAAUUUGACGCUGUCAUUUUCCCAGGUGGAUUUGGUGCGGCUAAAAAUUUGUGUACAUUUGCCACAGAUGGAGCUGAUAAAAUGACCGUUGAGAAGGAUGUCCAAAGAGUGAUAACAGACUUCCACAAAGAAAGCAAACCCAUCGGUCUGUGUUGUAUUGCACCAGUUCUGGCAGCUAAACUGGUGCCCGGUUGUGAAGUGACUGUAGGAUCUAACGAGGAGGAAGGAGGACGGUGGCCGUACGCAGGGACAGCCGGUGCCAUCGACUCCAUGGGAUCGAAACAUAUCAAGAGAAACGUCACCGACUUCCAUGUAGAUGAGAAGAACAAGAUUGUAACAACACCAGCUUUCAUGUGUGAAACCGCUCUCCACGAGAUUUUCGAUGGUAUUGGCAAAAUGGUGGAAAACGUUCUCUCUCUGGCCAAUACAAAAAGUAAAAUUUAAAACUGGAAUGUCCGAAAAACAAGUGUACGAUUGAACAUGAUGGCAUAAAAUAUCAGCCUCAAGAUGUUGUACCAGAUGUUGGCAUGUGAUGCAAAGAUCUUUUUCUUCAGUGUGUGAUACAUUCUUUUUGUUUAGUCCCGAAAACAAGAUGAAGAACAAACCGUCAUUGGUUUUUCAUGCUCACUUUUCAGCCUUUUAGCCAGAAGUGACAUGGUUGGAGAAAUUUAUAUAGAAAUUGUUGGUUGGUGGGACAAUGCAAAUGCAUGCACAUGGUGGUUGUAUUGUCUGAUUUUUGCUUGUUAUUUCAUAUAUUAUAGAAAUCAUGACUUGUAUUCAUCAGAGAUUAGGCCAAGGAGAUAUAGGUAGAAUAUACACUGUACAUCCUUCAAACAUGAUAUCAGUUUAAUUUUUUUUGUUUUUUUCCUGUAUUCAUAUCUUGGUACAUAAAAUGUAUGAAGAUAGAAUGACAUUUCAUUGUGAUGCAUAAAAAGUAUGCAAGAUCUGAAUGGAUGUUACUAAAUAAACCUGUGGUGGAAAAUU